GAGAUCUUCUAGUGAAAGCAGAGGACCUUGCUUCUUCUGCUGGGGCAGUGACUAGCUAUGGGGGAAACUAUAUAACACUGGCGGGGCUGUUGAAUUUGCACAGUUGUUCAACAGUCCUACAGUGCUUAGGAGGUUGAAAGCGUUUGACAAUGAAGGCUCUGAUCUUAGUAAGCUGCGUGUUGGCCGCCGCCACCGCCCAAUACCACCACCCCCUGUACUACCCCCAGCAUAUCCCCGUGCUCGACCACAACGGCGUCCCUGUCGAACCCGCCGCCAACCAACUCGCCCGCGCCGCCCAUUACGCCGCCCAUGCCGAAGCCAAUGCUCGCACUGGUCAUUAUCCAAUUUACGCCGCCCCCGUUAUCCACAAUGCUCUUCCUGCCGACACCCCUGAAGUCGCCGCCGCCAGAGCCCAACACUUUGCUGACUACGCUGUUGCCGCCCAACGUAACGGCGUCCAUGUUUUACCACUAGCUCACACCGCCGCCGCCGCCCAUCCCAUCGACACCCCCGAAGUCCAAUUGGCCAAAGCCGCCCAUUUUGCCGCUCACGCCGCCGCCAGAUCUGGACUUCACAUCCGCAAAAGACGCGCCUUGUACCAUCAUUAUCCAGUGAUUGGAGCUGAUGGUGUUCCAGUCAAUACUCCCGAAGUCCAGGCUGCUACUGCUGCCCAUUUGGCUGCACAUGCUGCUGUGAGAGGAGUUCCUUUGGAUACUCCCGAAGUCCAGGCUGCCAAAGCUAAGCAUUUCCAAGCCCAUGCUGAAGCUUUACACAGGACUGGAGCUGUGGGUAUUGCCCCAUAUUAUUAUGGAGGUUUGUACCAACCCCAUGCUGUGAUUGGACAUGAUGGGCAUCCAGUCGAAACGCCGGAAGUUCAGUUGGCUAAAGCUGCCCAUUUUGCAGCCCAUGCUGCCGCCAGACACUACUACUAGAUCGGCCUUCAAGUGGUUUUUUGUUAAGGAAAAUUUGUAAAUAAAAUUUUAAUAAAACCAUUAAGAAAUU